UCACGAAACGAAACCGUUUUUUGUUUAAAACAGUUUGGUGACCCAAAAGGCAUCGGAAAAACAUAUGGGAGCAGAAAGUCACUUUUUGCAGCGGUCUAGUGGGACACCCUUUACUUGGCUAUCAAAAUCUCAAGCCUACUAAGCUUUCAAGAAUUUUUCUGCCCGCAGAGGCUGAGCAAAUCCGGACAGUUUUAUCAGAACUUUUUUUUUGUUUCCAAUUAGCUUGAACUUUCCAACUGAUCAUUUUACCAUGCUGUUUCACGGUAUUAUUGUUAAUGCUGGCUGAUAGUAACUUGGUAAUAUGUGCGUGUUUUUUUACUCCGAUAAUUUCGACCACGCUUCAGUGUACGAUGUUGCUAUAAAUAUUCUAAGUUGAUUAUGCAAAUUGAGAUUUCGACAAAUUUCUGCGCCACGUAACUGACCACUGAUCAGUGUCUUUCUGGUGGUCGCGAGAGUUGUUUGUUUAGCGAGUUUCAAGUUCAAGCAUUCCAAAAUGGCUCCCAUAGUGAUGUACACCACUAAACGAACACCGGCUGGUCGAGCCGUCGAGAUCACCGCCAGAAUGAUCGGUCUAGAGCUGGAUUUGAAAAUUGUGGAUCUUGUGAAGAAAGAGCAACUGACACCUGAAUUCCUUAAGCUCAAUCCACAACACACCGUCCCCACGAUUGUCGACAAUGGAGUGGCGCUGUUCGACAGUAAUGCCAUAAUCAUUUAUCUGGUGGAGAAAUACGCAAAAGAUGAUAGCCUGUACCCGAAAGAUUUGGUGACACGAGCACGGAUCAAUGCUAUGCUGCAUUUCGAUUCCGGAAUUCUUUUCGCUCGUCUUUUGGCAAUGGUCCAGCCCAUCUUCUAUGAAGGAUCACCAGACGUCCCGCAGGAUAAGCUAAACGCAAUCCAUGGAGCUUACGAUCUGAUGGAAGCGACACUUCAAUCGGACUUUUUGGUUGGUAGCUCGCUCACCCUGGCCGAUAUUAGCUGUUGUACGACACUGUCAACGCUGGACAUGCUGUUCCCGAUUGAUGCUGGAAAAUGCCCCAAGUUGGUUGCUUAUAUGAAAAGGUUGGAGGGUGUGAUUCCCGAUUAUCACGAGUACAACACUGUGCGUUCUGAAGAAGCUCUAGCUUAUCACAAAUUGAAGCUGGAAGAGAACAAAAAGAAAUAAACUUGAGUUUCUUUAAAUUUCAAA